GCUCCCCAGGAAGGGUGAGGCCUUCUGUGAGGGAUCUUCAAAGUCUGUCAUAUCAUUUAGAGCAGGGCCUAGACCCUCCCCAGUGUGUCUAGGCUGAGAGAGUCAAGCUCCUUUUGUAUUCUCUUUGUUAGCACUUUUCUGGAUUUUUACCAUUUUCUGUAGACCCCCCCAGAUAACAUUUCUAUUCUUCUGUUCUCAUGUAUCCCUGCUUCUCUCUGGUUCUUAACUCAUGCUGUCUCUUGGCCCCAAGGGCCCUGCAAUCCCCGGUCAUUGGUCCAUCUUACAGAAAUACACCCUUCUCCCAAAGCCAAGGGAUCAGGUAUUCAGUGGCUCCGGUGACAAACCUGAUGUCAGGUUACAGAUAUUGUUUCCCCAGAGACCAUACUACAGUGUCAGAGGAGCCCCAGGCUGCCUACAGUGCCCUGUCCUCACCUGGCUAUUCCUUCAAGGUGACAAUAAAAGCACUCACCUCUAGGACUAGUGUGUGUCUGGAAACAUGGCUCUGAGCCGCUGGCCCCUGCUGCUGCUGCUGCUGCUCUCACACAAAGUGAAGUUGGCCCCUACUGGGCCUCAGUCUUCGGAUUCUGGUCUCUCCCUUCUGAAGUCAUUCAUCUCCACGCUGGACCAAGCUCCUCAGCGUUCCCUCAGCCAGUCACGGUUCUCUGCAUUCCUGGCCAACAUUUCAUCUUCUUUUGAGCUUGGGAGGAUGGGGGAGGGACCAGUGGGAGAGCCCCCACCUCUCCCGCCACCUGCGCUUCGACUCCAUGAUUUCCUCGUGACACUGAGAGGUAGCCCAGACUGGGAGCCAAUGCUAGGGCUUCUGGGAGACGUGCUGGCACUCCUGGGACAGGAGCAGACUCCUCGGGACUUUUUGGUGCACCAGGCAGGUGUACUGGGUGGACUUGUAGAGGUGCUGUUGGGAGCUUUGGUUCCUGGAGGCCCCCCUGCUCCCACGAGGCCCCCCUGCACCCGUGAUGGGCCCUCUGACUGUGUCCUAGCUGCUGACUGGCUGCCUUCUCUGAUGUUGUUAUUAGAGGGUACACGCUGGCAGGCCCUGGUGCAAUUGCAGCCUAGUGUGGAGCCAACCAAUGCCACAGGUCUUGAUGGGAGAGAGCCAGCGCCUCACUUUUUACAGGGUCUGUUGGGCUUGCUUACUCCAACAGGAGAUCUGGGCUCUGAGGAGGCUCUUUGGGGUGGUCUGCUACGCACAGUGGGGGCCCCCCUCUAUGCUGCCUUCCAGGAGGGGCUACUCCGUGUCACUCACUCUCUGCAGGAUGAGGUCUUUUCUAUCAUGGGACAGCCAGAGCCUGAUGCCAAUGGGAAGUGCCAGGGAGGGAAUCUUCAACAGCUGCUCUUAUGGGGCAUGCGAAACAACCUUUCCUGGGAUGCCCAAGCGCUGGGCUUUCUAUCUGGAUCACCACCUCCACCCCCUGCCCUCCUGCACUGCCUGAGCACAGGUGUGCCUCUGCCCAGGGCUUCCCAGCCUGCAGCUCACAUCAGCCCUCGACAGCGGCGUGCCAUCUCUGUGGAGGCCCUCUGCGAGAACCACUCAGGCCCAGAACCACCCUACAGCAUUUCUAACUUCUCUAUCUACUUGCUCUGCCAGCACAUCAAGCCUGCCACCCCACAGCCCCCUCCUGUCACCCCACAGCCCCCUCCUGCCACCCCACAGCCCCCUCCUGCCACCCCACAGCCUCCUCCUGCUACUCCACAGCCCCCUCCUAGCACUGCUGUCAUCUGCCAGACAGCUGUAUGGUAUGCAGUCUCAUGGGCACCACGUGCCAAAGGUUGGCUCCAAGCCUGCCAUGAUCAGUUUCCUGAUCAAUUUCUAGAUAUGAUCUGUGGCAACCUCUCAUUUUCUGCCCUGUCUGGCCCUAAUCGUCGCUUGGUAAAGCAACUCUGUGCUGGUCUGCUCCCACCCCCCACCAGCUGCCCCAAAGGCUUGGUCCCUGUGCCCCUUACCCCAGACAUAUUCUGGGGUUGCUUCCUGGAGAAUGACACACUGUGGGCUGAACGGUUGUGUGUGGAGGAGAGUCUGCAGGCUGUGCCCCCCCGAAACCAGGCUUGGGUUCAGCAUGUAUGUCAGGGCCCCACUUUGGAUCCCACUGACUUCCCACCUUGCCACGUUGGACCCUGUGGAGAACGCUGCCCAGACGGGGGAAGCUUCCUGCUCAUGGUCUGUGCCAAUGACACCAUGUAUGAGGCCUUGGUUCCCUUCUGGGCUUGGCUAGCAGGCCAGUGCAGAAUAAGUCGUGGUGGCAAUGACACCUGCUUUCUAGAAGGCAUGCUGGGCCCUUUGCUGCCUUCUCUGCCACCUCUAGGACCAUCCCCACUCUGUCUGGCUCCUGGUCCCUUUCUGCUUGGCAUGUUAUCCCAGUUGCCACGAUGUCAGUCCUCUGUGCCAGCCCUCGCCCACCCCACACGCCUGCAUUAUCUCCUGCGCCUGCUGACCUUCCUUUUGGGUCCUGGGGCUGGGGGUGCUGAGACUCAGGGGAUGUUGGGUCAAGCUCUGCUGCUCUCUAGUCUCCCAGACAACUGUUCCUUCUGGGAUACCUUCCGCCCAGAGGGUCGGAGAAGCGUUCUGAGGACAGUCGGGGAGUACCUGGAGCGAGAAAAGCCAGCCCCACAAGGCUUGGAGUCCACUGUCAGUCUCAGCUCUAGUAUGAGCAAGAUGGAGCUUCUAUCCUGCUUCAGUCCUGUACUGUGGGACCUACUCCAGAGGGAGAGGAGUGUCUGGGCCCUGAAGAUACUAGUACAGGCCUACCUGCACAUGCCUCCGGAAGACCUUCAGCAGCUGGUGCUUUCAGCCGAGAUGGAGGCUGCACAGGGAUUCCUGACGCUCAUGCAUCGCUCCUGGGCUCAGCUGAAGGUUCCGCCGUCUGAGGAGCAGGCCAUGGGUCGCCUGACAGCCUUGCUGCUUCAGCGGUACCCACACCUCACCUCCCAGCUCUUCAUUGACUUGUCACCACUCAUCCCUUUCUUGGCUGUCCCUGACCUGAUGCGUUUCCCACCAUCCCUUUUGGCCAAUGACAGCGUCAGAGAGGAUAUAAGAAAAACGUUAAGACCCGUUACUCUCCUUAGCCUGGCUGCCAUCCGGGAUCACAGCUCAGGAAUGAAGCCCGAGCAGAAGGAGGCCCUGGCUAAGCGUCUACUGGCCCCCGAGCUGUUUGGAGAAGUGCCCGACUGGCCCCAGGAGCUGCUGUGGGCAGUGCUCCCUCUGCUUCCCCACCUCCCCCUGGAGAACUUUCUACAGCUCAGCCCUCACCAGAUCCAGGCCCUGGAGGACAGCUGGCCAGUGGCAGGUCUUGGGCCAGGCCAUGCCCGACAUGUGCUUCGUAGCCUGGUAAACCAGAGCAUGGAGGAUGGCGAGGAGCAAGUGCGCAGGCUUGGGUCCCUCGCAUGUUUCCUGAGUCCUGAGGAGCUACAGAGUCUGGUGCCCUUGAGUGAUCCAAUGGGGCCCGUAGAACAGGGCCUGCUAGAAUGUGCGGCCAAUGGGACACUCCGGCCAGAAGGACGGGUGGCAUAUGAACUUCUGGGAGUAUUGCGUUCUUCUGGAGGAACUGUCUUAAGCCCCCGAGAGCUGCGGGUCUGGGCACCUCUCUUUCCCCAGCUGGGCCUCCGCUUCCUGCAGGAGCUGUCAGAGCCCCAGCUUAGAGCCAUGCUUCCUGCCCUACAGGGAGCCAGUGUCACACCUGCCCAGGCUGUUUUGUUGUUUGGAAGGCUCCUCCCUAGGCAGGAUCUAUCCCUGGAGGAACUCUGCUCCUUGCACCCUCUGCUGCCAGGUCUCAGCCCCCAGACACUCCAGGCCAUCCCUAAGCGAGUUCUGGUUGGGGCUUGUUCCUGCCUGGGCCCUGAACUGUCAAGACUUUCUGCUUGCCAGACUGCUGCACUGCUGCAGACCUUCCGGGCAAAAGAUGGCUUUAAAAAUGUGGGUGCAACAGGUGCUGGCACAACUGUGUGCAUUCCUGGUCAGCAGCCCAUCCCCACCACUUGGCCAGACUGCCUGCUUCCCCUGCUCCCAUUAAAGCUGUUACAACUGGAUACUGCGGUUCUUCUGGCAAAUAGAAGGCGUUAUCGGCAGCUGCCUUGGUCUGAGCAGCAGGCACAGUUUCUCUGGAAGAAGAUGCAAGUGCCUACCAACCUGACCCUCAGGAAUCUGCAGGCUCUGGGCAACCUCGCAGGAGGAAUGUCCUGUGAGUUUCUGCAGCAGAUCAGCUCAAUGGUCGACUUCGUUGCUGUGGUACACAUGCUCUACCAACUGCCCACUGGUGUUCGAGGGAGCCUGCGGGCCUGUAUCUGGGCAGAGCUACAGCGGAGGGUGACCAUGCCAGAGCCAGAGCCAGAGCUAACUACCCUGGGGCCAGAACUGAGUGAGCUCGACACAAAGCUACUCCUGGACUUACCGAUCCAGCUGAUGGACAGAUUGUCCAGUGAUUCCAUUAUGUUGGUGGUAGAGUUGGUCCAAGGCGCCCCAGAGCAGCUGCUGACACUGACCCCACCCCACCAGGCAGCCUUGGCAGAGCGGGCGCUAAAAAACCUGGCUCCAAAGGAGACACCAAUCUCUGAAGAAGUGCUGGACGCACUGGGCCCCUUGGUUGGAUUCCUGGGAAGAGAGAGCACACGACGGAUCCCUUUACCAAUCCUACUGUCCCGUCUCAGUCAGCUGCAGGGCUUCUGCCUAGGAGAAACAUUUGCCACAGAGCUGGGACGGCUGCUGUUGCAGGAGCCUGUUCUUGGGAGACCAGAGUCGUGGAGCCAGGACGAAGUAGAGCAAGCUGGACGCCUGGUGUUCACUCUGUCUACUGAGGCUAUUUCCUUGAUCCCAAGGGAAGCUUUGGGCCCAGAGACCCUGGAGCGGCUUCUAGAAAAGCAGCAGAGCUGGGAGCAGAGCAGAGUGGGGCAUCUGUGUGGGGGGCCACAGCUUGCCCACAAGAAAGCAGCUCUAGUAGCUGGGAUUGUGCAACCAGCUGCUGAGGGGCUCCAAGAGCCUAUACCAAACUGUGCGGACAUAAGAGGGACCUUCCCAGCAGCCUGGUCUGCCACACAGAUCACAGAGAUGGAACUCUCAGAUUUUGAGGACUGCCUGUCACUAUUUGCUGGAGACCCAGGACUUGGUCCUGAGGAACUGCGGGCAGCCAUGGGCAAGGCCAAGCAGUUGUGGGGUGCCCCCCGGGGAUUCCGUCCUGAGCAGAUCUUGCAGCUAGGCCGGCUCCUGAGAGGUCUAGGAGAACGGGAACUGCAAGAGCUUACCCUGGUGGACUGGGGUGUGCUCAGCAGCCUGGGGCAAAUAGACGGCUGGAGUGCUGUCCAGCUCCGAGCUGUGGUCUCCAGUUUCCUGCGGCAGAGUGGUCGGCAUGUGAGCCACCUGGAUUUCAUUUAUCUGACAGCUCUGGGUCACACACUCUGUGGACUGCGGCCAGAGGAGUUGCAGCAUAUCAGCAGUUGGGAGUUUAGCCAAGCAGCUCUAUUCCUGGGCAACCUGCAUCUCCCGUGCUCUGAGGAACAGCUCGAAGUUCUGGCUUAUCUCCUGGUGCUGCCUGGUGGCUUUGGCCCAGUCAGUAACUGGGGGCCUGAGAUCUUCACUGAAAUUGGCACAAUAGCAGCUGGCAUCGCAGACCUGGCUCUUUCAGCAUUACUGCCGGAACAGAUCCAGGGCCUGACUCCUCUUGCCAUUUCUGUCAUCCCUGCUCCCAAGUUUGCAGUGGUAUUCAACCCCAUCCAAUUAUCUAGUUUCACCAGUGUUCAGGCUGUAGCGAUCACACCUGAGCAAAUGGCCUAUCUGAGUCCUGAGCAGCGACAAGCAGUUGCAUGGGCCCAGCACGAAGGGAAGGAGAUCCCAGAACAAUGGGGUCGAAGCGCAGCCUGGGGCCUCUAUGACUGGUUCCAGUCCUCCUGGGCUCUGGCACUGACCAUCAGCUUUGUUGACCACCUCUUAUGAUCCUGCUCCUUCAGUUCAUACUGAACACAUUGUAAAUGGGAGUACAUUCUAAUUAUUCUCAGUAAGCGGAUGAGGAAUAUGGGUAAUGUAUUCCACCACCCACCUGAGAAUCAGUGCUCCUGGCAUCUGUGUCUCUUGCCAUCAUGAAUAACCCCACUGUUUCUUUUCGUCUCCUACUUCCUCCUCACCACACCAAUAGAAAUAACACAGACAGCUGGAAUAUAAUGUGGAGUCUUUACUAGGACAGGGAGCGAGGGGCAGGUCCAGGGCAAGUACAAUGGGCCACCGUUAAAUAUGCAGAAGUCCUGGGGAUCUUGAUGCAUUUGCUGGGGAUGGGGAGUUAAUGUUUGCCAUGCACGAGAGGUGCAGGGAUUCGAAUAUCCUGUCCUCUCUCCAGACGCCGUUCACACUCAAUCAAAUAAUUUACUCCAUCGAUGACCAGCUGCACCAGCUCCACCUGAAGGACACUGAUCCUUGAUCUCUGCUUCCCACCGUCUAACUGAGAUGCUUCUUCUUUUUCUUUGUUUAUUUGUUUAGAGACAGGAUUGCACUGUGUAGCCCUGGCAGGCCUGGUACUUGCUGUGGAGACCUGGCUGGCCUGGGACUCACAGAGAUCCACCUGCCUCUGCUGGUCUUAAAAGCACGAGCCACCUUGCCCAGCCUGAGCUUCUUUCCUGUCAGCACUGAUCUUCCAUCUCUGAAAACACGUUUCCUCUCCCCUCCCCCACUCAACCUGAACUUUACUUCAGAUUCUAUUACAUUCCUGAGGCUCACUCACUGUCUUAUCUCAGUUCCUCAACCCAACUCCUCGUAAGACCUCACCUCUGACUUGCCAAGUCGGUCCAAAUUAGAGAUGUCAAAGACACUGCCUGUGGCAGCAGUGUCCACUCCUCCAGUUCCACGCUUUUGGAGCCGUAAGUUCUCCAGGAUCUUUGGGAACCGGCUAUCCUAUAGGCAAGAUAGAAAUCAGGAGCAGGUCAGUAGAGGCAGGGGCUGUUCCUACCCUGCCCUAGGCCCUUAAGCCAUGAUAUGACUGGCUCCUUUCAGAGUGCCUUCUCCCUCCCCGUCCAAAUCCCCCUUCUCACUUACACCCCUCUAACCCCGCAUUUCCUUUACUUUGCUUAGCAGGGGCAGUUUGAUGUGCACUCCUGCCCGAAGUCCAGUGCCCAGGUUAGAUGGACAGGUCAAGAUGUAUCCCAAACGUUCAUUCCACAUGAACUCCCAGCCUCGUUCCUGGAUCAGCUUCUCCACCUGUGUCAACAGAGGUUCUGUUGUGAGAAAACCAGGGAUGGAAAUAUCCCUCUUAGUUAGCCCUACAAACACUCUAGAAAUAUGUCUACAACAAGAAACUUGGGGAUGGAUGAAUGGCAUGUUCUUUGUUGUUAAAAAUUAUUGUCAUCACACAUGAAAGGUAUCUUUGAAAUCGCAUUAUAUUUAUACUGAUAAUAUUGUGGACAAAUA